AUGGCGGUUAAGCAAGGAGUCUCUGUUCUUCUUCUUCUCCUGGCUCUCUUCGUGUCAGUGUCAGCCACCGUGUUUACACUUCAAAACAGUUGCGGCUACACGGUAUGGCCAGGAACACUCUCAGGCAACGGAGCCGCCGUCCUCGGGGACGGUGGUUUCGCCUUAUCACCCGGCUCAUCAAUCCAGCUUCCGGCACCACCAGGCUGGUCCGGCCGCUUCUGGGCCCGAACCGGGUGCAACUUCGACUCCUCCGGUAAUGGCAAGUGCACCACCGGCGACUGUGGCGGCACUCUCAAGUGUUCCGGCGGCGGUGCACCGCCAGUCACCCUCGCAGAAUUCACGCUUGGAAGUAGCAACAACGAUAAAGACUUCUACGACGUUAGCCUUGUCGAUGGUUACAACAUGAAAAUGGGUGUCCGAGUAUUAGGUGGUACCGGGGAUUGCCAGUACGCCGGUUGUGUCUCCGAUCUUAACGGAAACUGCCCGGUGGAUUUGCAGGUGGUGGAUUCGGGGUUGGUUGUUGCUUGCAUGAGUGCAUGUGCUAAGUACAACGCGCCGGAGUUUUGUUGCACCGGGGAUCACGCGACGCCGGAGACAUGUUCGCCUACUCAGUACUCGGAGAUGUUCAAAAAUGCGUGUCCUACAGCCUACAGUUAUGCUUAUGAUGAUGCUUCGAGUACGUGUACUUGUACUGGAUCCGAUUAUUUGAUCACAUUCUGUCCAACUGGUUCAUGA